CCCCGUGUCCCCCCGGCGCUGAGAUGGCGGAGGGAGCGGCUGCCCGCGCUCUCCUUGCCCGGCUCGCUGGGGACGAGGCGGUGCCGCAGCAGCGAUGGCUCAUCCCGGCUGCUCUCGCUGGGACACCGGGGCUGCUCCGUGCCCGGGACACUUCCCGGCCGUGCGGCACCGGGCGCUGACCUCUCCUCAUGUCCCUUUCAGUGUGCCACCAGCGCGGGUGUGAAGCUGUUCCCGAGGCCGAUCUCCGAAAGGCUUUUUCAGCACUCCUGAUGUCUCCGGAGCAAGGGGCUGUUCGUUCCCAGCAGAGAGAUGCCGGCUGUGAGCUGGAGGAGAGUGAAUUGUGCUCCCAUCAUGGAGUUGUGAAGGAGCCCCUGCAUCUCCAGGAGGGACCAGCAGCUGGGGUUCCACACUUGCCUGGGGUGCAAGAAGCCACUUGUCAUGAGCAGGGGGAUGCCACUUGUGAGUGUGCAACGAGUGGAGAUGUGGAGAAUGAAUUCUGCAACAGUGAUGGGAGUGUGAGGGAGCCCCUGCGUCCCCAGGGAACAUCAACACCCAGCAAUGCCCAUGGAAGGAGCCUCAGAAGAUUCCCAGGCAAGCGGUUCAGGUGCCGUGCCGUGCCCGUGUUGGUGCUGGCUGUGCUCGUGUUGCUGGUGCUGGCUUUGGCGGUGGCCUUGGCUGUGCAGUCAGCGCCACAGCUUCCAGUCACACCUGCGACUCCGCUCUUGGUUCUGGCCUGUCCCUCUGGCUGGGUUGGCUACAACGGGCUCUGCUACUACUUCUCCAGGGAUUCCAGCACCUGGGAGCAGGGUCAGGAACGGUGCUCCGAGCUUGGGGCCUCCCUGGCCAUUGUCAAGGAUGAGCACGUGGGUUUGCUCUUCCGCCUCCGCGGGAACGUCGAUUACUGGCUCGGGCUGCGCAGACGGGGCCAGCGCCUGCACUGGGGGGACGGCAGCAACUUCAGCUCCUGGGUUCAUGUCCUCGGCGAUUCCGAGUGUGUGUACCUGGCUGACAAUAAAUUUGUGAGUCAGAGCUGCUCCAAGGAGCGGCCAUAUCUGUGCAGCAAGGCCCAAGCUCCCCUGUGACAGGGGCUGCAGAAAGGACCUUCUCCACGCUAGGCUGUUGUCGGAGUCCAGGACAUCCCUCUGGCCAAUCUGGAGGGUUGGGAGAUCGGACAGCGGGGUCUGGGAUCUGUACAAGGGGGUCAACCAGCCUCACACAGAGCCCAGGAGGACACUGCCUCUGAUUCCUGUCCAUGGGAGUGAAUACCCACAUUAUAUGAAGAAUCACAAGCUGGGAGAAUUCAAAAUUAGUAUUUAUCAUAAAAUGUAAAUGUAGAAUCUAGGAUUUUUAGUAUAUGGGGUUGAAGAGACAAGAUGGAGGAAUUGGGGAGUGGCCCCUGUGCUCCUUGUUCUUGUUCUUUUCCCCCAUUUUCUGCUGAGUUCUAUUACAAAGAUUGGUUUAGAGUAGAAAUGACAUGUUAACAUAGGUAGUAGGUAUUGGUAAAAUUCUGUAAACAAUAAGUUCAUUUUGGACGGUGGUUGGGUCAGGGGUACUGUACAUAAGGUGCGGGGCUCUCUGAUCCGCCCCAGUCCUGCUGUGUGUCCUGCUCUGCUGGGGAUGCCUUGCAGAGCUGAGAAAGAACUGAGAUAAUGAAGAAUAAACAACCUUGGAACCAUGCACUGGUGGACUCAGCUUGUCGUCUCUGGCUCCGGCAUGAGACAUUUUGGGCAAGAGAACCUCGAAGGCCAUAUUACCUUGGGGAACAGCAACCCCGAGGAAAGUCUCAGGGAACAGCAACCCUGAGAGGGAGAGAGAGUCCUGAAAAACUUAUUGCCUCGGGGAACAGCAACCCCGAGGAGAAUCUCAGGGAAAAGCAAUCCUGAGAGGCAGUCCCAGCUUCACCUCUCAGCCCGGCACAGGCUGUCCUUGCUCAGCUGCAGCCUGUGCCUUGCCCUCACUCUCAGGGUCACCUCCGUGCCUGUUCCUCGCCACUGCCAAGGCCGGGCUGGGUGUCCAAAGGAAAAGUCUCUGCAAUCCCUCCUGGCCCCGGUGCUGCCUGCAGGGAGGGGAUUGCCCUCAUUACACAACAAGCUCCAAUGGGAAAUCCAAAUCCCCUGGCCUCUUGGAAAUCAUUAGGAACUGCCCUGAGGGUGAGACUUUUGGAUUGUCCUUGGCAGAGGAAGAACAGCUGACACGUGCUGAGAAGGAAUCCCUCUUUUGGCAUCAGGCACCUUACUGUGCAGAAUGCUCUGUCAGCUGCUGGCUCUGUCUCUCUUGGUUUUGGAUGAGGACUGUUGGAGCUGCUACCUGGGGAAAGGAAUUCGCUGCCACUGCCAUAACCCAGCCCAGAGCUGCUCCUUCUGCUGUGGGGCGAGCCUCUGCUUGUGAGAACAGCCAGUGCACUGGGACUUUAUUAUCACCUAUUUCACUAAAAGACGGAUCUAUCACCAUGUUAAAAAUCGCUCUGUAAUACUGGCUUUCACAUUUGUGUAUUAGUUUUUACAUGUUGUCAUCGACUGGAAAUGUAGUGGAAUUCAUAACCCAUUUUAGCUGCUUACUGAUGUAAUCUGAUUUCUCAUUUUAAAUGUGCAUCACAUAGGCCAUAGAAAUAGUAGUGUGGUUAAUAUAUUAUGUUCGGAUGUACACCUUAGGGCUCAUAGAAAUAAUAGUGUGAUAAAUGUAUAGUACUGUAGGCCUUAGCAAAAUAUAAGAUGUCAAAAUACUUCUGUGUAACUGAAAAAACUGCAUAAAGCAAUUAAGUUGUUUCCCACACCUGCUGACUGACCUCCCUGUGAUAAGAACCAUGCCACAAACCAGAAGCUUGGUGUUGAAUUGGGGAAGAACUUGUUACCUACUCGUUAUCAGGGAAGAGUGAAACAACAGAAUGAAGCCAUAAAAAAUAAAAUAUAUUGAUCUGAUCUCUAGGAUGUCAUGUAUAUAAGUCCGAGUAGAAAACCAAAACAAAACUUCCUACAUCAAAAGCUACCAAGAAGGCAGCAACACAGGCCCUGUGUGGCACCGAUUGUGCCGGUGGGUGAUGUUCCCUAGGAACCCAGGGGCUCCCUCACACUCCCAUCACGGGUACAGAAUUUAUUCUCCACAUCUCCACUCACUGCACGCUCACAAGUGGCAUCCUCCUGCUCACGACAAGUGGCUUCUUGCACCCCAGGCAAGUGUGGAACCCCAGCUGCUGGUGCCUCCUGGAGAUGCAGGAGCUCCUUCACAACUCCAUGAGGGGAGCACAAUUCACUCUCCUCCAGCUCACAGCCGGCAUCUCUCUGCUGGGAACAAACUGCCCCUUGCUCCGGAGACAUCAGGAGUGCUGGAAAAGCCUUUCGGAGAUCGGCCUCGGGAACAGCUUCACACCCGCGCUGGUGGCAC